ACAAGAGUAUUUUUAUAUCUCUCCUGCCUUCGCUGAUAUUCCACUCGGACUGUGGAGUCCAGUUUCCUCUCCUCCCAAAAAAUGCCAUCUAAAAUCCCAUUCGACUGCUGAUAGUGCUGGGUAUUCACCCGAUGGGAACUUUCUGAUUGUCCCUCGCCAAGUCUUGAAUUGAAGCUCAGAACAGAGUAAAACAAGUUAGCUUUCAACUAUAGUAACAUUUUAACUUAUGGAAAAGCUCUUUGUUUUUGAAGGAUAGAAGCUUCAAAGGAUGUUAGUAUGAUGAAACACUUUGUAUUAAUCCUUUACGCCUUAAUAAGCUCUACACGACUGUGCCAAGUAGCAAUCGGAAGGAUACACGAGCCAAAGGGAAAGGAAAUAUCACAGCUGCUGACCAAGCUUCUGGAUUGCUCCCGAUAUGAUGGCCGACUUCGACCAAAUUACGGCGAAGGUCCAGUUGAAGUCUCGGUAGGGUUUUGGAUUUUGUCUAUUGAAAGAAUUGAUGUUGUCAACAUGGAUUUCACAAUCGACAUAUUUCUUCGACAACAAUGGACCGACAAGAGACUGGAUCACGGUUUGAAUCAUACCAUCACACUCAGCAGCCGCUGGGCCAUGAAAAAGAUCUGGGUUCCAGACUCCUAUUUUGUGAACGCGAAAACAGGCCGCAUGCAUCGAGUAACCACUCCUAAUAUGAUGCUUAUGUUAGGUCCUGGAGGAGUGAUAAAAUACAACGCAAGGACAACAAUCAAAGCAGCAUGUCUCAUUGAUUUACGAAAGUUCCCUAUGGACAGUCAAGUUUGCCCGCUAGUGCUGGAAAGCUAUGGCUAUAGUGCAGAACAUAUUCGAUAUAAAUGGGAAGUCUCUGGAACAGACGGCCACUCUUUCGUUCCAUCUGAAGUGCGCCUUAUGCCGAACUAUGAACUGACAAACAUAAACCUCUCGCUUACCAUGAACAUAUAUGUUGUUGGCAAUUUUUCGGGUGUUUGUGCGACAUUUACCUUCAAACGUUCCUACAGUUACUUUUUAAGUCACAUGUAUGGCACUAGCUCAGUGAUUGUGGCUAUAUCUUGGAUUGGGUUUGUUGUUCCUUUUGAGCAAACCGCUGCCCGCAUCGCUCUUGGCAUUACUUCGCUAUUGACGGAGGUUACCAUUUUGAACAUGAUGAACAACUCUAUGCCAAAGGUGAGUUAUGUUAAAUCAAGCGACAAGUUUCUGAUUGGUUGUUUUGUGUUCGUGUUUUUGACCCUCAUCGAGUACUGUGUCGUGCUUUUGUUGAAAGCAAAGCAAAAGCAGAGGAGUAUCAAGGCCCGUAAAAGUGCAGGAAAACAGCAGGAAAAGGAUGAGAAAUGUGACCAUAUGGAACCGAAGGACUGGAUAAGGAAUGGCACUUUAAUCAACACAGAGGAGUGUGACAUCAAAUUUCCUCAUGGUAGUUCGAGGAAAGCUACAAGCGAAUACUCUUCGAGGUGCACCUCAGCUACCUUCAGACAUACUGAUGUUGGCGCUCUCCUUCCCUGGGAGAAAUCGCAGAUGCACUGCAAAACAUUUAUAGAACAAGUCGAAGCAAGGAUUCUUACAGAUGCGUUUAUAUUGAGCAUAGACGAGUAUUCCUUCAGAGUUUUUCCUCUUGCUUUUGCUGUGUAUAAUGCUUGCUACUGGAUGGAUUAUCUUUAAUGAAUUGGAUACUUUUAAUUAUAAGCAUGCUUAUACAAAAGAGCCAAUGAAUAAACUGUAUCGACGAGGAACUCAACCGAAGGGUCCGGCGAAACUGACCAAUUACAUUUGACAAACGCCACUUACGUCUUUAUUCAAGAACCAGGUUCGAAGUAUUCGUUGAACUGAUAACUCUCCUAUAAAUCCUUAUGAUCGAUUUCUUUCAGGUUUUCGAAGCUAGUUACUGGGUCUCACUCCGAGGAGUUACAUAGUGAAUAAAUAAAUAAAUACUGUCGAUAAACAGCAUUGAGUUCAAUGGUAGUAGUAACGAAAGCAACAUUUUAGAACUCGUUAAGAACCUCUUGAGUAGUCCACAUAAUGUAAUGUAAUGUAAUAAAGGAUUUCCAGGUCCAUGGAGCUUUGCAACACUCUACGGUGGAAUUUGGCCAGAAGCAAAAAAAGGAACGCUUAAGUAUGUUACACCUAUUGCUUUCCCAUCUUCAACGUCUUUGGCAAAGAACAUUUGACGAGCUUGCUUUC